UGCAUCGCUCGCCGGCUGCUUUUCGCCUCUUUUCCUCGAGGAAGCGCAAACAGUUUGGAGGAAAAAGUGGAGCCGGCCGGGUUGGAUGCGGCUGCCGACGCCGACGCCGAGCCAGGCGGCCGGGGCGGAGGAGGAGUAGAGAGCAUGGCCGUGUCUUCUCCCCCGAGCAUUCCCGCAACUUCCAACCCCGGAGGAGGAGGAGGAGGAGGAGGAGGCAGCGGCAACGCCGGGGGAGCCUCCGGAGGAGCCGGCGGGGGCUGCAGCACCAGCAGCGGUGGAAACAGCAGCAGCAGCAACAGCAGCAGCGCGGGGGUCUCGGCCGGUUUGUUCCGGGCGGACCCUCUUUAUUCCCCCAGCCCCUCCGAGUCUCCGCGGCUGGCCGGCGGCGGAGGGAGCAGCGCUGCUAGUAGUCUCAUCCACGGCUUCAUCUCCAACGCGGCGCCCGCGGGCGUCGGAGGGCUGGGGGUGGCGGUCGGCGGCGGAGGCGCAGUGGGGGUCUCCGGGGCAUCGUCGGCUCCGCUGGUGGGCAACGAGUGCAAGAUGGUGGACCUGCACGGGGUGAAGGUGGCCUCCUUCCUGGUGGACGGGCAGGAGCUGAUCUGCCUGCCGCAGGUCUUCGACCUCUUCCUCAAGCACCUGGUCGGCGGGCUCCACACCGUCUACACCAAGCUGAAGCGGCUGGACAUCGCGCCCGUGGUUUGCACCGUGGAGCAAGUGCGCAUCCUGCGCGGGCUGGGCGCCAUCCAGCCGGGCGUCAACCGGUGCAAGCUCAUCACGCGCAAAGACUUCGAAACUUUGUACAGCGACUGCACCAACGCCAGUUCACGACCGGGGAGACCCCCCAAGCGCUCUCUGGGGGUUGCGAUACAAGAGAACACGCGCUUGCUUCCCCACGGAGUGCCGGGCCUCUUAUCGCCGGGGCUUAUCUCCCCAACAGACAUAAGGACUUUGUUUUUCCCUGAUGAAAGCCACGUAAAGUUUGCAGAGCUCAAGACUCUUCAAAUACAAGGCCUGACAGCCAUGGCUGAAGCAAUGAAGCUGCAGAAGAUUAAGCUGAUGGCCAUGAACAGCCUCCAUGGAAGCGGAAGUCAGAAUGGGACCGAGUCGGAGAACGAAGAACUGAAUUCGAAUGCAGGUGGAAGUGAAUCCUCGUGGGAUAAAGAGAAGCUUCAGUCGCCGAUCCCGACAGGAUCUCAUCACGGGAUUAGCCACGCGGCACUGUCAGGGCAAGCCAAUUUGGGGAGCGCUCACCCGCUUAGUCCUCUGCAGCAGAACCAUCUGCUCACAAACAGGAUAGACCUGCCAUUUAUGAUGAUGCCCCAUCCUCUUCUUCCGGUUGGCCUACCUCCUGCUUCGGUAGCGAUGGCCAUGAAUCAAAUGAACCAUCUCAAUACUAUCGCCAACAUGGCUGUAGCAGCCCAGAUGCAUAGCCCGCUUUCACGAGCCGGAGCAUCAGUAAUAAAGGAAAGGAUCCAAGACAGCCCUUCGCCUGCUCCAUCUGUAGAAGAGGGCCAGCGACCCGGGAGUCAUGCCUCUUCACACCAAAGCAGCAGUGUUUCAAGUUCUCCAUCCCAAAUUGACAACACACCAGAUAGAAUUGGUCUGUUAUCAAAUAUUAGAGAAGGAGAAGCAAUAGAUCAAGAAUCUGGACCCAACCCCAAAAAACUCUCAAAGGAGAAAGAAGAAGUCCAGAUCGCCAUCCCAAUACUCAAACCAACCCUAGAAAAGGUCCAAUUGGCCGGGCAGACUUUGCCCCCUGGAUUUCCAGCACCAUUCCUCUUUGCUGAUGGGUUGUCUUCAGUGGAAACUCUAUUAACCAAUAUUCAGGGGUUGCUCAAAGUCGCCGUAGAUAAUGCCCGAGUGCAGGAAAAGCAAAUCCAGCAGGAGAAAAAGGAACUAAAGAUGGAGCUUUGCAGAGAAAGAGAAUUGAGAGAGAACCUGGAAAGGCAGCUGACAGCUGAGCUGCAAAGCAGAGCCACGAUUCAAAAGCGCUUGAAAAAGGAGAAGAAAGCAAAGAGGAAAUUACAAGAAGCUCUGGAGUUCGAAUCAAAGCGGAGAGAGCAAGUGGAACAAGCACUGAAGCAGGCUACGACAGGGGACGGUCUCAGGAUGCUGAAUGAUGCUGGGAUUCCGGAAAUGGAAGUUGACCACAACGGGACUCAACAUGAGAAUGCGGCAAUGCAAGAAAACAGAGCAUACAUCAAACCGACCAUUAUGUACUGAAGAUGCCUAAUUUGACAUGUUUGUGUGGGGUGGGGGAGGGGGAGGGGGACAUGUAACAGUCACUUCGGAAGAUUAUAAAACUCCUGCAAAGAAAAUCUCUUUUUCAACUCUGGAUACCCUUCGGUGCGGUGCCAGACUGGUAAAGGUUGCAAUACGGACUCAUAACAACUCCUGUGUUGAAGAAUCUCUGCACCAGUCACUGAGAAAUGUGGAGACUCGCAAGCUUGGCCAUCCCAAACCUUUUGCAGCAGAACAUUUUUUUAAGUCCUAGAAAAACAGAAUGGGGAAAGAGUCCGUUUUAGCAUUUUUAAAGCACAUAUCGGUAUAAAUUGCCUCUGUGGGAGGAGCAAGGGUGAUGCAAAUUCCCUGCAUCAUCACGAUGCCAAUAUAUACCCGUGUUUCCCCGAAAAUAAGACCCUGUCUUAUAUUUUUUUUGAACCCCAAAAUAAGCGCUUGGCCUUAUUUUCGGGGAGGUCUUAUUAUUUUAGGGCGCGUGGAGCAAGACGGGGAUCCUCUUGCCGUCUUACCCAAUUUCCAGCUCUGUCUCUCUAAUCCUAAAUAGAGGAAAUGGCGGGGACUGGGUGCGCAUGCAUUUAAAUAUUUUCAGGGAGGGCUUAUUUUUGGGAGAGGGCUUAUUUUGGGGGGGAGGGUUUAUUUUCAGGGGAGGUCUUAUUUUUGGGGAAACAAAAUUCCCACCCUGGUUUUUGCAAAUGAGGUUAUGACACGUGUUAUGACAUAUUGAUGUCAUCGUGGUUUGUUACGGUGCGUAACAGCCCCCAAGCGUUACCGCAGCCUUCCCUAACUUGGCGCCUUCCAGAUGUGUUGGGAACACAGAUCCCAAAAACUCAAUGGGAGUAUAUAUGAAACUGAGCCAGGUUGAGGAUGGCUGUACAACUGUUUAACAAUGGCACAAUUAAUUUAAUAAGCUGCAGUGGUUUUUUCUGGCUGUAUAAUCUACAUGUCCAGUUUUAUCACUAAAACAGUUCGCCGCAGAGCUGUUUCAGUUGUGUUUAUAAAUUUAAGCUUUGUUUACUGAAGCUGAAAACUCAAUAUAUAUUGCGUUUUGAAGAGAAAAGUAUGUACAUUUUUUAAUAUGAUAAUGUAAAAAUUGUCCUUCCUUGGAUGACCAACUAAAAAGUGUGAACUAAAUUCCAGUAUUCAAUGUAACAAGGGGAUUAUAAAACUGAUGCUUUUUUAAGAGAAAAAAAAUAACUCAGUUCUGCUUGGUUUUUAGUCUUUUCACACCGGGGACAAAGGAAGGAUGAACAUAUGGUAGGAUGUUAGAUAAUGGAAACUUUAAAAUAUAGUUUCUCUGUUGUAUCAUAUUAAGUUAAAAGUACACAUUCUUUGUUAAAAUGUUCUUGCUAAAAAACUACAGUAUUAAAACAUUUUUGUUUGACUUUG